CUUAAACAAGAUGGCUGCUGUAGAAAAUGAGCAUGGUUGCAUCUGAUGAAAACAUCACUAGUCUUCAUUUAUUUCUGAAAAGUUUUAAUUCAAUGGUUAAAAAAACAGCCAUCUAUUUAAAUGUAUGCAGAACAGAUUGGGAAAAUAAGCCAUGUCUUUGCAAAGUGCACUUGUGGUUAAACAGGAAUCAAAUGACCAAGUAAUACAAUUUAUGGAUUUAAAAUCAGAUGUAACAUUGGCAAUUUUAACUUUAGAAGAUGUGAAACCAAAUUUAUCAACAUUGAUUUCAACUUCAAAUGUUAUCAAACAAAAUAUAUCAUCACAAUCUUCACCUUUUGAAGACAAGACAAAUGAAACAGUUGCAUUUUCAACUUCAGAAGAUCAACAAUCAGAUGAAGCAUUUUCUUUUUCUAAAGAUAUGAAACCAAAUGUUUCAACAGAAUUUUCAAGGUGUGAUGUUAUGAAAAAUGAUAUCUUAACAUUUUCAUCAUUUAAGAGUGAAAAUGAAAAUAGCUUAGAUGUUCAAAGACAGCUUGAAUAUUUACCAGAUUCUGAUGGUUUUUUUAUUAAAAAUUUUACAGUUUUAAAAUCAGAUCUUCAUCAUGAUUUAAAAGAACUCAAGGAAUUGCAUGAAAAAGUUAUUGAUAAUUUUCCAACAAUGUAUGAGCUCAGGGAUAAGGGACUGAAGACUUAUAAGUGUGAUAUGUGUUGUCAAAGAUUUACUCAUUUUGAUUGUAUUACACAACAUAUGAAAACUCACACAAGAAAGAAUUCAUAUGGGUAUGAUUUUCAUCAGCAACAAGGUGCUAUGAACAGUCAUGUAAAACAGCUUAAGAAAAUAAACAAGAAGUUUUCUUUGCAUAAAUUACAUUCUGAAGACAGAUGCAAUGAAUGUGAUGUGUGUCAUAAAAAGUUUGCUCAUAAGUCUAGUUUAUACGCACACAAAGUUAUUCACUCUAGGCUUAGGCCAUAUGAAUGUGACGCAUGUCAUAAAACGUUUUAUCGAAAAAUUCAUUUAUCUCAACAUAAAUAUGUUCAUCUACAAUUAAGACCUUAUGAAUGUGAUGUGUGUCCUAAAAGUUUUACAGAGAAAUGUCAAUUAGUAAGGCAUAAAAAUAUUCAUUCAGGUCUCAGACCAUACGAAUGUGAUGUGUGUUAUAAGAAGUUUGCUCGGAAGUUUUAUUUAUCUCAACAUAAAAAUAUUCACUAUGGACUAAAGCCACAUGAAUGUGAGGUGUGUCAUAAAAAGUUCACUAUAAAGAGUAAUUUAUCUGAACAUAAAAAAACACAUUCUAAUCUCAAGCCAUAUGAAUGUGAUGUUUGUCAAAAACGUUUUAAUCUUAAACGUCAUUUAAGUCAGCAUAAAAAAACUCAUUUACAUGAGAAACAGUAUGAAUGUGAUGUGUGUCAUAAAAAGUUUGCCAGGCAGUCUGGUUUAUCUAAACACAAAAUUAUUCACUCAGGACUAAAGCCACAUGAAUGUGAUGUGUGUCAUAAAAAGUUUAUUCAGAAAAGUAAUUUAGCAACCCAUAAAACAAUUCACUCUGAAAACAGACAAUAUGAGUGUGAUGUGUGUCAUACAAAGUUUACUCGUAAGUCUAGUUUAAUAAUGCACAAAAAUAUUCAUUCUGGAUGUGAGCCACAUGAAUGUGAUCUGUGCAAUAAAAAGUUCAUUAAUAAAGGUCGAUUAGCAAGACAUAAAAGUAUUCAUUCAGGAAACAAACCAUAUGCAUGUGAUAUGUGUCAUAAAAACUUAAGUAGUAAGCGUAGUAUGUCUGACCAUUUAAAUUCUCAUUUAGAAAUUGUACCACAUGAAUGUAAUGUGUGUAAUAAAAAAUUUGGUAGUAAAUAUAGUUUAACUAAACAUCUAAAGUCUCAUUUAGGAAUUAAGACAAAUGGAUGUAAUGUGUGUCAUAAAAAGUUUGUUUCAAAAGCCUAUUUAAUUCAACAUCAACUCUCUCAUUCUGGACUUAGGCCUCAUGAAUGUGAUGUGUGUCAUAAAAAAUUUGCUUAUAAGUCUAAUUUAUAUCGACAUCAAAAGUCUCAUUCUGGACUUAGGCUACAUGAAUGUGAUGUUUGUCAUAAAAAGUAUACUCUGAAAGAUGAAUUAUUGAAGCAUAAAAAGACUCAUUCAGGCGUUCCACAUGAAUGUGAUGUGUGUCAUAAAAUGUUUUCUUGGAAAUCUUCUCUAUCUACCCAUCAGAAGUCUCAUGUUUGUCAUUAAAAUGUUCUCACUGUCAAUAGGUGUCUUAUACAGGAUAGGCUUAUAAUAAUCCUCAUCAUUCUAGUAUUUUUGUAAUAGAAAUUAAUAGGUCUAUUGUUUAUUUUAACUUUUCAUUUUAAAGAUAAACAAAUACAAUGUUUUUUAAACUUAAGUGUUUAAAGUUUGAUGAUUGUUGUUAUAAUCAUUUGAAACAUCAGCCUGUAGUUCAUUUGUAUGAUGCCACUAAGAAAGAGGUUAAUGCUAGUUUGAAAAAUUAAUUUUAUUAAAUUUUUGCAACAAUAAUUUAUAAAUAUUCACACAAGAGAAAAAGCACUUCAAGGUAAGAAUGGAUGUCAUUAAUCAUCACAGCACAUACUUUAAGAUUACCUUGUAUAUUUAUAUAUACACCAUGGUAGGUUUGAUGACGGUUUUGUUGCAAAAUGGAUCUUGUACACGGUAUGGACAUAUAUGUUUAUAUGUUAUAUUUAUUUAAGUUUUUUCAUAGAAUCGUUGUUUCUCACUUAUAAUUUUAUGUAUUCCAUGUAUUAGUAUACUUUUUAUACUUUAUUUAAAUGUAUAUAUAUAUGUUUUUUUUUUAAAUACGGACAACUUACAACAUCAAAAUGUUUUAUAUAUAAUCUACAAUUGUACAUAUAAAUAUAUGUAAUAGUUUGAUAUAUAUAUAUAUAUAUAGAGAGAGAGAGAGAGAGAGGAAAAAUAAGGUAUAGUUAGAGGCGAUAAGUUUGUGUAAUUGUGUGACAAAAUGAUAGAUUAAGACUGAUAUAUCGAAUCUGUUUUAAUUUACCUUGGUUUUAACGUUUUUAAUUUAUCUUGAUUUUAACGUUUUGUAUAAUCUCAAAUCCAUUGCUCUUUAUUAGCUUUACUAACAUGUGUUUUACAAAAAUUAUGCACUGUCACUUUUCAUCUUUGAAACGCCCUCAAAAC